GGGAUGAGGGAAAGCGCGUGGCAUUGAACAUACGAGAUGACAGUACAACAGACAGCAGCACGACAAACAGAGAGCAGCAGUAGUACGACAGGCAUAGCAAGCAACGAGGCAACAAGAUCGUCCGUGAACUCCCAUCCCGCCGUCGAAAUCGAAGCUUGAAUGAGAAGGAACCAGCGGUUGAGUCCAUCGUCGGCCGGUGCGGUGAGCGCACAAAUCUUGAAGAGGAACGCAGAGCGCCUCAAGGGUUCAGGACCGAUGACUAUAACGCUUCAACGCACAUCCAGCUCGAGUCCAGACGCCGCCUCCACUACUCCUCACGGUGGCGCCCGAUCUUGCAGGCCACCGCGCAUGCCGAGGGUGAGUAACAGGGCCAGGCGGAUGACAUGGCGACUUGGACUGAGGUUGCCCCCAACCCCCAAGCCGCCCGGCCAUAGCCGCCAACCCGUGCCCCCACAUACCCGACUCCGAUGAAGAACGCCCCGAAGGACGCCUCGUACGGGGAGCUUGCCAAACAGUCCACGGUUUGAACUGGAGAGAGCCGCCGGGUUAUAUACCCAUGGCGGGGGCAAAGGGAGGUGGCGGUGCGCCGACAGGGGCUUGUUUACUGCAUGUGUUUGUUGAAUUCCGCGACGCGUGGGUGCUUGUUUGGCAGGGACGCGUGA